AUGUGUUCUUGCCACACCGCAGCUGCUGGAGGGUCAUCUGCUGCUGCUCAAGGUGCUCGUGGAGGUGCUGGAGUGCCGCCCCCUCGUGGCCUGCUCUCCACCCCACGGCCAUGGGCUGUUGCACCUGGUACGCUGUGUGCUGGGGGGAAGGGGGGCGGCAUGAUGAGGGUCUUCCGCCCCCUCUGCUCCGCCUCGCCCUCCCGCAACGCUGCCUUCACCCUCCUCCUCGCCCUCUGUGCCAAGACCCCUGAAGCCCUACGAGAGCUCGCCUCGCUGCUGCUGCCGCUGCACUUUGCCUCGGUGGAGCACGAGUUGCCUUCGUGGGAGUACCUCCCCAGCUGCGCCCCCCGGCCACGUGUGGGAUAUGCAGGCCUCAAGAACGCAGGAGCCACGUGCUACAUGAACAGUGUGUUCCAGCAGCUCUUCAUGCAGCCCCAAGUGCGCCGUGCCCUCCUUGCCUUCCCUGAGACACCCGAAUCGGACCGACCUCUGUCUGUGAUUUACCAAGUGCAGGCCAUUUUCAGCUAUCUGCUAGCAGGCUGCCCUGACUACUUUGUUCCAGAGGGCUUCUGGGAUGCCUUCAGGGACUACGACGGGCAGCCGGUGAACCUGAGGGAGCACCAAGACGCGUUUGAGUUCUUCAACCGGCUCUACGACUCGCUGGAUGAGAGCAUGAAGGCACAGCGGCAUUCCCCCACGCUCACCUCCAUUUUUGGCGGACAUUUUGCACAGCAGAUCAUCUGUCGAGGCUGCCCCCAUCGCAGUGAGAGGGAGGAGCCAUUUGCAGCAGUGAGUGUGGACGUGAAGGGCAAGCGCGGGCUGCAGGAGUCACUAGAGGCGUUUGUGCAAGGGGACUUGCUGGAGGCAGAUAACGCCUACUUCUGUGGGCAGUGCGGCAAGAAGGAGUCGCUAGAGGCGUUUGUGCAAGGCGACCUGCUGGAGGCAGAUAACGCCUACUUCUGUGGGCAGUGCGGCAAGAAGGUGGACGCGUUGAAGCGCGCAUGCAUCAAGACUCUGCCGCCCACCCUGAUAAUCCACCUGAAGUGCUUCGACUUUGACUACGAGACGAUGCAGCGGCUGAAGCUCAAACAUGUCCUCUGCUCUCUGCCCUUGUUGUUUACUCCACCCUCCAACACCUCCGUUGCCCUACUUCCUUCUCCCUUGCAGGUCGAUGCAUUAAAACGUGCGUGCAUCAAGACCCUGCCGCCCACCCUGAUAAUCCACCUGAAGCGAUUCGACUUUGAUUAUGAGACGAUGCAGCGGCUGAAGCUCAAGGACCGAUUCACCUUCCCCCUCUCUCUCAACAUGCGGCCGUUCACCCGCGAAGGGCUUGCUCAGAAGGAGAGAGAGCAGAGAAGGGGACGGGUAGGGGGUGCAGAGGGGAAGGAGGAAGGGAGGGACGAGGGGGGAGAGUUAGAGCAGGGGCGGGAGGAGGGAGAGGGGGAGGAUAAAGGAGGUGAAAGCGUGAAGGAAUCCAGAGAGGAUAGGGUUGAAGGGGCUGUGGAGGAGAAGGGAGCUGGAGGUGGGGAGGAGAGGAGCGACGGGUAUUAUGAGUACAGCUUGGUGGGAGUGGUGGUGCAUUCUGGAACAGCGUUUGCGGGGCAUUAUUACUCGUACAUCAAGGAGAGGAGCGGCGAUUCUCCGCUGCAUCACAGUCGUCCAUCUCAAUCCGUGCGGUCGAAGCAGUGGUGGCUGUGCUUCGAUGACAAGCGAGUGGAGGCGUACGACGUGAGAGAGCUGGAGAAGGACUGCUUCGGAGGGAAGUACUCCGCUGAGGUGUAUGACAACCUCAUCAAGACCUCGUCGCCACAGGAGUUUGACCGGCCCAACAGCGCGUUUCAGCAGGAGUCACGGCUAUUGGAUCAGACAUACUUCCGCUUCCUGCUGCAGCUCGCACGGGUCAACCUCGACGUCUUUCAAAUGUCAGUUCAAUUCGACCCACCUCCCCCUUACUUGGUCACCGUCUGUUUCCUGCCCAACAUGUCGUGCGACCAUCGAGGCAAGAUGGCGGCAUUGUCAGACGCAAGGGCAGGCGGGGUGAAGGCGUCACCACAGCGCAGCGAAGCACUGAGGGUGGAGCGAGCAGCAGCGGAGAGGACGGGUGUGGGCUUCAACAGGUGCCAUGACCGAGGAAAAAUGGCGGCGUUAUCAGACGCAAGGGCGGGCGGGGUGAAGGCGUCACCACAGCGCAGCGAAGCACUGCGGGUGGAGCGAGCAGCGGAGGAGACUGCAGAGGCGCUGCUGUCGCUGCUGCUGCCGUUCCUCUUCCGCGUCUACCUGAGAGCGCAUGCCAGCCUAAGGACAGAGGAUCCUCUCUGGACGGAUGUGCUGUCGCGCAUGCUCGACGCCAACAGCACAGCCUGCCGCCUCUUCAACGCGUGCAUGGCGGGCAACAGGCGGUGGCUCUUGCUCUUCCUCCUCAAAUGCCCCAUCAACGCCAUCUCUGUGGCUGUAGCAGACCUGCUGGUAACCAGCUGCCACAUGGUUUGCAGGGACUCCAUGCACUUCCUCUCACCUUGCACGUUCCCUUCCUCUCCCGCCCAUCCGUCCCAUCAGGCUGUAGCAGACCUGCUGGUAACCAGCUGCCCCAUGGUAUGCAGGGACUCCAUGCACUUCCUCUCACCUUGCACGUUCCCUUCCUCUCCCGCCCAUCCGUCCCAUCAGGCUGUAGCGGACCUGCUGGUAACCAGCUGCCACAGUGCCACCUGCUUCCUCAACGCACGCACCCUAGUGCCUGCUGCUGCACUGCCCACUGCAACUCCUGCUGCUGCAGUUGGUGGGGCUCUUGAAGGGUCAGCAGGGGAUGCUGCUGGGGUCUCUGGAACAGCAGGGGCAGCAGGAGGGGUGGCAGGGGCAGGUGCAGCGGGGGGGGAUGCAUUGAAUGUGGACGCGUUGAUUGAUUCGCUGGUGUCGCUGCUGAGAGACGCCAGUGCCCCCUCCUGCCACGUGGACAACCUCUGCAGCAUCUUAGUGGAGUAUGCACGCAUCGGCCCUACCCAGCGCCUCUCCCUCAUUCGCAGACAGCUGCCCGCCACCUGUGUACGUGCUCUGGACUAUCUCGCUCGACCGAGUGGGCAUUGCAGCAGCAAGGCGACUUUUGAGUCGACUCAAAAGUCACUCCCCCCACCCCCCUUCCCCUCUUACCCAUUGCGGCUGGACUAUCUAGAUCGAGUGGGGAUCGCAGCAUCAGCAGCCAAGCUCCAUCUCUCGCCCCUCCAAUCCCCCCUUGCCAUCCUCAUCUGCUCCUGCCGCCCCCUGUUGUCCCCACUGGACUACCUGGAUCGAGUGGGGAUUGCAGCAGCAGCCAAGCUCCAUCUCUCGCCCCUCCACUCCCUCCUCUCCAUCCUCAUCCGCUCCUGCUACCCUCGCCCUCCCCCCUCUCGCCGCCCCACCCCCGCUUCCACCCCUGCAUCAGCGGGGGAUAUAACGUCGAAUCUAGACAACCAGAACACCGUCUCUCUCCUCCUCUACAUCUCCUUCGGCAACGAGAGCGAAAGCAUUACUGCUCACCUCAGCCGCACCACCCCUUUGAUAGACUGCUCACCUCAGCCGCACCACCCCUUUGAUAGACUGCUCCGCGAAGCCAUGGGCUCUCUGCAGUGUGCUGUUGUCACGUCGUCCGAUUGCUCUCUGCAGUGUGCUGUUGUCACGUCGUCCGAUUGCUCUCUGCAGUGUGCUGUUGUCACGUCGUCCGAUUGCUCUCUGCAGUGUGCUGUUGUCACGUCGUCCGAUUGCUCUCUGCAGUGUGCUGUUGUCACGUCGUCCGAUUGCUCUCUGCAGUGUGCUGUUGUCACGUCGUCCGAUUGCUCUCUGCAGUGUGCUGUUGUCACGUCGUCCGAUUGCUCUCUGCAGUGUGCUGUUGUCACGUCGUCCGAUUGCUCUCUGCAGUGUGCUGUUGUCACGUCGUCCGAUUGCUCUCUGCAGUGUGCUGUUGUCACGUCGUCCGAUUGCUCUCUGCAGUGUGCUGUUGUCACGUCGUCCGAUUGCUCUCUGCAGUGUGCUGUUGUCACGUCGUCCGAUUGCUCUCUGCAGUGUGCUGUUGUCACGUCGUCCGAUUGCUCUCUGCAGUGUGCUGUUGUCACGUCGUCCGAUUGCUCUCUGCAGUGUGCUGUUGUCACGUCGUCCGAUUGCUCUCUGCAGUGUGCUGUUGUCACGUCGUCCGAUUGCUCUCUGCAGUGUGCUGUUGUCACGUCGUCCGAUUGCUCUCUGCAGUGUGCUGUUGUCACGUCGUCCGAUUGCUCUCUGCAGUGUGCUGUUGUCACGUCGUCCGAUUGCUCUCUGCAGUGUGCUGUUGUCACGUCGUCCGAUUGCUCUCUGCAGUGUGCUGUUGUCACGUCGUCCGAUUGCUCUCUGCAGUGUGCUGUUGUCACGUCGUCCGAUUGCUCUCUGCAGUGUGCUGUUACUGUGCUUCGGGAGGCCAUGAGCUCAUUGCAACGAGCAGCAGUCACAUCGUCUCGUCGCAUUCUCUCGUUGCUGCUGCACCUACUCAAGCUGCCAGAUGCCCUUCAAGAGGCACGCCAGGAGUCAGUGGUGAACGGCUGCCAGUUCUUCCGCCCAGGCGUCUUCGACCUUCUUCUUGCCAAGCAAGUGUCUCCCCUGAAACGCUACGCACUGCUCAAGUUCCUGCUGGCAACAGCAGCCUUCAGCACCAUGUCGCGGCGCCACAUCGCGGUGAGGCGGGCAGACCUGAGCGCCGUGCUGCAAUGGCUGCAGGAGGAGACUGCGAAUGCGCCCGGGCACGAUCUGUCCAAUGAGGAGCUGCCAUCUGGCACGCUGCGCCGCACUGCCACUGUGGAUUCGACCAUUGCCACGGGGCUGAGUCUCAUCAGCCUGCCACAUGAACCCAAUGCAUGA